AUGUCGUGGAAAGGACAAGUGAAAAGUUUGGUUCAUCGAAUUCAAGACAACUAUACGCAUGUUGGAAAUUCUGCAAAGGCUGAUAUUCUGGAACGGGAUGGGGACUUCUAUAUAUUGGUGUACAAUGAUUGUGGUGGUUAUGACAAACACUCGUUCAGUGCUUGGGAAGAUCAAACUAUUUAUUCGUUUCGACGAGGAAGUUGCAAUGUUGUCAUCUACCGUAGUCUGUUUUGGAAAAAAGCUCACUUGCCACAAAUUCAGAAAGAUGUCGAAUCGUGUGUAACUGGAGUGAUUCCGAAUUACGAUGAUUACAAGGGUUAUCCUAGAAAACUUAGAGACACUCGAAUUUAUAAGACGCGGUUCGUUGGGAUGAUUGCUAAAAGACAUGAUGUGGAGGUUCGAUACUUCACUUCUGACACGAAAUAUGGUCCGGGCUGGUGGACUACGGUCAAUGUUUAUGAUACAGACACUAUGAAGAACACGGGAAGACAAUUCGUAUUGAUUGCUGGAUGGGAAUGA